CACAUUGAUUAUGUUGAUUUCAGGUCCGCUUCCAUCCGCGGGCAGUGAGCCCUGUCAGAGGCACAGCCAACGAAAUAGCACGAGUUACACGGGCAGGCACGAGGCACGUAGCAGGCUAGGCCCAAGCAAUUGCAAUUGCUCCAGAGGUUGACACGGGAGCGUCGGGCUGGUGGAAGCACGCAACACCGAGAUUAUGUAAUUUGCAGCUGGCCGAUCGGGUUCCAUCAUGACUGUCGGCACCAGACGAAGCCCAGCGUCUGUGCCUGUGUUCUUGUCCCAGUGGCUGGGCCGCUCAGCGGACACAGUCUUGGGCCACAGGCCUGGCCCGCUGAGUGGUAGGUGCAUGUUCAAUCACCUCCUAAGCCGCACCCGCACAGUCCAUUGGCAAGCUGCAAUCAAUCAAACACCUCACACCCACCUACGAUCAUCUUUCUUCCUUCACCUUCCUCCCCGACCUCUUUGUUCCCCCCUCUGCGCCCGCCAUUAUCCGUACCGUCUUGGCCCCGACACCUGUCUGUGCUGCCAUUGCUGCCGCGUUUUGCUGCCCCGACUUGCUCCGCUAGACGACGUCCAUCAGCAGCUGCCGGUUCCCCGCUCGCGGUCCUGCCGAGCCCUCCCGAAGCUACCGUAGGUUUAUUCUGGUCUCUGCAAAACUCGAGCCCAGGCUGGUGCAGGCGCAGGGCGUCCUGGAAGGAAGCAACGGCGGCGACGAGCUUGGCCAGAGCUCUUUCCCAGCUCUACGUGCCGCAAGCAGGGAGAAAGUGAGCCAGCACACAUCCAUUGUCUUUAACUCGGCUUGUGGUGGCGUGGAUCUGGACUGGGACUGGACUGGAACCCGCAAACCCCACGUGGGUAUGAGCAAAGGCGACUGGGAAGCAGGAGCAGAACGCAGCCGCGCAAGAGCAGGGAAAACAACGGGAAAGAUCUCGCAUAUGCCAUCCGCAUCAGACAGCCUGGAAUCUGCUUCUGCCCUAGCUACCUUCCUCGGCGUGCCGCCAAGUCACCAGCAAGCCGCCUUCUAGCGCAGCAAAUCGGUGACGUCUUGGGCCGUGUGGGCUUCGAAAUUGGUGGCUAACGCUGUGGUUUUCUCUUUCCCAGCCAGAACACGAGUGGGCGAGGUGGCUCCAGCACACGGGGCGCCCUGAGCCCUCUGCAACCACCCCUAUCGGUCGCACGCCGCACCCCGGCCGCUGCUCCUUCCUCGUCCUCGCUGCCUUGCCGACUUCUCCAGCAUAUCUACCUGCCAACCACCCGGAUAUCUCGAGCCACUGCUUUCCGUUCGAUUCCGCAUGAAGCCCUCCUAACAGCCCCGCACCUCCUGUCGACAACUCUGCACGGCCGACCACCUGCGAUUCGCCCCUCCUGUCCGCCGACUGCUGCUGCUCACUGUCUUGUCCGAUCUGUUUUGUUGUCUUUCUUGGGAAGCCUGAGGAAUCGGGAUGUACGAUGGCACGAUAUAGCGAAAGCAUGUCACCAGAAACCAUAUCAUCCAUGUUCCCUGACCGGCCCAUCCACCCCCUCCCAAAGCGGCGGUUGCGUGAGCGCCUGUCGCCCGAGGCUGCCGAAUCCAUCGAGUACCCGCCCACCCCGCCAGCCACUGUCUUCUACUACCCAUACAACUCAGCCAAGGACGACGACUCGGACGCCCACAAAGCCAGCAGCCGCGUCAGGGGGGCGGCGAACGGUGGGCUGGCCCGCGGCCUGGAGAGCGAGGAGGAAGACCCAUCUAGGGUCCGAAGGAGCCUUGUGCCCCGGUCGGCGCCGAGCAUACUUGGUCGCCCUUUGCGGGCCUCGCCAAAGGCAGGCCAGACGAGGCAAGGUCACGCCCAGGCUCCGCCGUCGGCGGCGUCGUCUGUCGACGGCUACGAUACCUUUGAGAACACCAACAAUAAGAAGAAGCGGAAGGUUCCAGACACGGCACUCGGCGGGCAUUCGCUAAACGACCUGAGUGUCGGCUCCGGCCAGAUGUCGCCCUCGACGCCGUCCCGCGCCGUCCAUGGCGAAACCUGUGGCGCCAACUGCAGCUCCUUCCACGGGAUGGGUUCUAGCAGCCCGGGGCUAUCUGGGCCGGGCAGGGGCAGGUUCGGACGCAACAGAAGCGGCAGAAGCCCGCUUUCUGAGGGCAGCAGAAACAGCAAGGUCCGGCCGGUUCGCUGGCCGCUUUCUGUCGAGAAAAUACCCUCGCAACAAGGUCAGGAAAACGUCAGCUUGCUGCAGAUGCAGCAGGACCCCAAAUCGAGCACAGUGUCUGGCCAGUUCACCUUCACUUGCGACACGCAAGUUCCUGGCACCAUAAGCUGGCCAGGCUCUCUGGCCAAGGCGCCGGGUAUGGCCUCGCACGGCGCCUCGGCUAGCGGCCAUACGACCUCGAAGCCGACGAAACCUGCGUGGCCUGGCGGGACGGCGCACGGAGGGCCAUCUGGCCCCUCGGGCGGCCCCAGACCGGGAGGGGUAGCACCGCAGGCCACCACUCAGAAGAAGACGCGGCGCCGGUCAAGAGUGGACGAGUACGCCAAGGCGGCGGCGGAGCGGAAGCGGUCGACGCAGGUCCAGAAUCUGCACCAUCCGCCAAAGGAGGAGGAGAUGUGGAUAUGCCACUUUUGCGAGUACGAGUACAUAUUUGGCGAGAAGCCCGAGGCGCUUAUCCGCCAGUAUGAAAUCAAGGACCGCAAGAAGCGGAAGGAAGAGGAGGAACGCCGACGUCUUCUCGAGAAGGCUAAGGCUAGGGGCCGCAAGGGUAAAAAGGGGGCGAAGGCCCCUGCCAGAACUUCCGGGGCCGGCCAGGAUCGCGGCCAUGCACCCGACCAGCAGGGCCACGGGCAUGAACAUUCUCAGGGCCACGACCAGGACUACGAGGGCCAGCGUACGACGCCGAUCCCCGACGACGAUGGCGAAAGCCAGGGCAACAAGAGUAGCAAUGACGUGGGUGAGGAGUUUGAGGGCGACGGGGCGGCAGGCGACGGACUGGGCCAAGCAAAACCUCCAGACACUUCGACAGGCAGGAGAUUUGGAACGAGGGCCGGCAGGGUGGGGAGCACUAGCGGUGCCGGCGGCGGCGGCCCUAGCAUGGUCGGACGGCCUGUCAAAGUCUAAUGCGAAGGGCGAGACCGUCAAGGGCGUGGGAUCGAUGGCUACCCAGGGAUCUACCCGGAGAUGCAAUCUCGGACCGCGUACCAUGCGGUACGUCACGUCACGAGGCGAGUGGGUGACAACUUGACGGUCAUGAGCCGAGCGAUGGGUUCUGUUUGCUGCGCCGAAAUGUUGCCGCAAGGAGAAAUUACUCGCCCAGCCUUGUUCCCUUCCGCAGCCUUACGAAACUUGCCGCAAUUCAGCGGGAAGGCCAUGCUUGCAUGCUCCGGCUGCAUGCAAACUGUCUUAUCUUCUUGCUCCUCGACAGCCUCGCCAAGGUCGGCGCAGCCAAGUCGGGAGCUGCAAGCAGGGAGAAUGGGCAGUGGGGAUGCUGGCUUCUGAUGCGGCGGCUGGGCCUCAGUCUGGGCUUGGGCGUAGUUGACGACAGGUUGCCAACAUACUCUCUGACCAUUUCUCUCUUUUAACUCGAUCUGAAUUUCCACCCACAAAGCCUCCGUAAACAUCACCACUCUUGUAUCCAACGGACCUGUACCACUACUGCUGGCAUAAAGAUGCCAACGUGGGAGCAGCCAUCUGUCAGACUGAACUUUUGCGAGGAUGGGGAAAGGAGACGUGGUUUUUUCUUAGUUCUUGGCUUGGCCCCGAGCAACAGUGCACACCCACACACCAUGUUAGCCCUGCCCCUGUCCAUCACCUUUACACUACCCACAUCCCCAGACGCGUACACAUGCACAAAACCACCCUAUUUCAUACCCACAAACCAACUGACGUCCAGCGGGACGCUGCGUCUUUCGAGGCGGUGCCAAAUAUGUAGAGUUUUGUCCUAGCCGGCGAUCUCGCCACACUGCCAAGGCCCCCAGCGUUGCGCAAGUAUCCUGUCAAGCUUCACCAUGUUUUAGUCAACCCGCAGGGCGCCCAGCCUCGAUGCCGGGAUUCCUCAGAAUAGAGCCUAUAACGUGUCCGCAGAACCAGCCAGCCAGCCCUCCGCGAGCCCGC